CAAAUGUUGACAUUUAACUUAACCUUUGAAAUUUGAAAUGUGUAUAAAUUUGAUAAAAACAUGAAGAAAUACCAUCAACUGCUUCUGUUAAUUGUGUCUGUAAUUAGCUUAUCAUUAUUUUUAAUUUAUAGACAUGAAUAUAAUCGCUUACAUUAUGUGUUAGAAGUUUUUAAUUUUUUUGGCCAGCCAUGUAAUUUUUCUGAUCUACAAAAAAGUGAUAAUAUUUUGAAUCAGCAUGAUUGGGGCCCACAACCACUUUGGCAGGAAAGUGACAAUGGUUAUGUUUAUUCAGCAUUUCUCGUUGGAAAAAUUGAAGUCAAAGCUAUUGCAUUACAAAGUGAUAUAAAAAAUAUUCCUAGAAAUUGUUACCUCUGGUUUGAAGACAAGAAGAAAGCCGUGCCAGGAAAAUUUAAGUUUUCCAAGAUUGGUAAUGAUGAAAAUACAGUGCUAACUUCUUAUUUUUACUUUUGUUCUUUACCGAACAUUGAAAAUGUGCCAUUUGCAGUUUCAUUCAGUUAUAAGGUAAAGAGAGAUAGUGAUAUGAAGAAAAUAUUAUUAACCAACACCCUCGAUCAUAAAUUAAAUGUAAAUGCUACAGUUUGCAUAUCUCCGUCUGUUUUUAGUAAAAAAAGAUUCAUAGAAUUUUUAAGUUACCAUAAACUUAUCGGCAUAGAAUCCUUUAUUUUUUAUGAUAAAGAUAUUCCUUAUCGACUAUCAAAAUUAGUAGUAAAUCUAUCAAAUAGGCUAGCCAUUCAAGCUAGUUUCCUACCUUGGAAUUAUCCUAAAAGUGAUAGUUCCCUGAUAAGAUCUAUUGUUGAAAAUGACUGUCUGUUAAGAACAUUCGGUCAGAGCAAGUACGUUGUCACUCUAGAAAUAAAUGAGUAUAUUGUACCCACAAAUUCCCUUAGUUUUGAAUCAUUGAUUAAAGAUUUUGGAGAAGAUUUUCAUAGGCUAAGUUUGCCAGUGCAGAAAUUCUGCAUAAAUAAUUUAAAUGCCAAUAAACCUAUUGCUCUGCAGAAUUUCGAAGUUGCUAAUGAUUUUAACUAUAAUGUGGUGCGGUACAUAAGAAGAAAUACACAAAGUUCUAAUGUGAUUUCCACAAAUGCGGUAGACAAAGCACAUGCUUCUAUACAUAAAUAUGUUAGAUGUAAUUUAGACCCGCACAAGACUACAACAGAUAAUAGUAUGAUGAAAUUUUCUACAGAUUUUAUUAGAUCAACACUAGUGCAAUUGCUUUUGCAUGACCAGUUGUAAUUUUGCAUUGUAAAUUAUCUAUUUCCUUCCACACUGUCAAAUUGAGACAUCUAAUAAUAAAACCAUCACCUGUUGGUGUUAUGAAAACAGACUGCGCUUAGAAAUCUCAUUAGAAAUUGAAAGGCAUUAUUAGGAUGGAACAAAAAUUGUUUUUAUCCAAAGAUAUUAACUCUAGAAUUAUAUCAGCUGUAUUAGUUAAACUUGCUGUGCCUUUUUCACUUUUACAGGCAGUUUUGUACAGAUAUUUAUCAAGAGAGCUUCACAUGUAAUUUUUCUCCAUAAAAUGGGAUCAAGUAAAUUGAAUAAAUUUAAGUAUCUUUAUUGAAAACAAAAUAAAAUACAUUGUACAAUAUAGUG